UCUUAAUCAGUACUACAACAUGAACACAAAGGUACUGUUUCUACUGGGUGUGGUUGUGGUGGUGGCUGUCGCGGAUGAUAUUCCCACUUUGUAUGGUCCCCCUCCCCAGGUAUGGCUAUGAAUGGAACGUGCAGGACGGCUACUCUAGCAGCAACUUCGCCCACCAGGAGGACCGUGGGGACGACAACACCAAGGGGUCGUACACCGUGCAGCUUCCCGAUGGUCGUCUGCAGACUGUGACUUACUAUGUGGAUGGUGACUCAGGCUACGUGGCCGAGGUCAGCUACCAGGGUGAAGCUCCGUACCCCGAGUCUGAAGAGUCCAGGGAGUAAGCCCCACCCAGGCCCCGGUACUCCGCACCCCAGUCUGAGGAGUCUGUGGAGGCUCCCGUGUACGCCUCACCUAGACGAUCAUACGGCUUCCCCCAGUAGCUCGUGCUCGAUCCGCCUAAGAAGUCAUUGAGCUACAACUCAUAGUGCACAUUCACUUAACUAAUGUAUCCUACCACCAAUCUCAGUCAUCUGUUUCUGAGAACUGUACUUUAAGUAACUUGAUUCUUAUCUCAGACUGUUUUGCUCUCACUUUCUCUUGAGACAAUGUUUCUAUCCUUAGAUUGUAUUAUACUUUUUCAGCAUAUGUUUUUGU